AUGUCAUCAGCCAAAAGGAAAGCUCCAACAAAUAAUGUUAAUGCCGAAUUUUGCGAUUUCUUAAUAGAAUUAGCUGACUAUGAAAAAAAUGUUAAUCGCCAAAUGCAUAAAUUUUCCGCCUACAGGAAAGCCGCCAAUGUUCUUGCGAAGCAUCCCCAAAGAAUAACUAGCGGUGCACAAGCCAAAAAAUUGGAAGGUAUUGGCGAGAAAAUUGCUCAAAAAAUUGAAGAAUUUAUCAACACUGGAUCGUUGAAAAAACUUAAUAAGAUAAGAGCUGAUGAUACAACUGUAGCUAUCAAUGAAUUGACCCGGGUAACUGGCAUUGGGCCAGCUGCUGCACGCAAGUUUUUUGAUAAAGGCAUCAAAUCCAUCGAAGAUUUGCGAAAACAGCAAAUCCUCUUAAAUCACCAUCAGCAAAUUGGCUUGCGAUAUGUCGAUGAUUUUGAGAAACGUAUCCCUCGCAAAAUGGUUACCGAAUUCGAGGCCAUAAUCAAGAAAAAUAUUCAUUCUGUCGAUACAGCAUACACGGUUGAAGUAUGUGGGAGCUAUCGAAGAGGUGCUGAAAGUAGUGGUGACAUUGACUUCCUGCUAUCUCAUCCUUCCUAUACUUCUGAUAAAAAAAUCGGCAAUAAGGCAUCUUUAUUACAUCAAGUCGUUAAAAAGCUAGAAAAUGCACAUGUCAUUACAGAUACAAUUUCUAUAGGAAAUACAAAAUUUAUGGGUGUCUGCAGAUUACCUGACAACGAUAACCCUGAUAACAUUCAUAGAAGGAUCGAUAUAAGGCUAGAUAUAGAAAUCUACCUGUGUGGAUUGCUCUACUUUACCGGUAGUGAUCUCUUCAAUAAGCGGAUGCGACAAACUGCAAUAGAAAAAGGAUUUACCCUAAAUGAAUAUUGCAUAAGACCAAUAGGAACGACAGGUGUACAUGGAGAAGCAAUCCCGAUUACUUGCGAAGAGGACAUUUUCGAUAUCAUUCAAAUGGAAUAUGUUGAACCUCAUAAAAGGAACUUCUAA